AUGGCCCUGCAUCCCGACGCUAGAAUCUCCGAAUUUCGUCACCUCUCAUCCUACAAUUGGAUCGACGUACCAACGCCCACCAUUGCCGUCCCAGGCAGCCCAGCCAAAUGGUCCCCACCCGACGGUCCAAUACGUCUUAACAAGGAUACGGGAUACUUCUAUGUGGCGCAAAAUGUUGCUCGCCAUCCCGAAAGUCCACUCGAACCUCUGUUUCGCGCUUUGCUCCUCACCGAGCCCUCGGUCGAUCUUCGAUCGAUCGACGUCGUGACGGACCGGAACAAUAUUCGAAAACUCCUCUCGUUUGUCGACCCGGGCACAGCAAGGGGCGGGGCCGAAGACUUCGUCAUCAAAGUCGAAGUCGUUGGAGAGACGGCUCUUUUCUCCCGCGAAGAGGCAGAGGUCAGGCAAUAUAUCGCACCGAGUGAAUUCCGGGGCUACGGCCACGAGUUUGAGAAGGUCUACACCAAAGAGCAAAUACAGGGAAGCACUGGGCAUUACAGAAUUGUCGAGUACCGCUUCGGGGGUGUCAAGUUUCUCGUCAGAAAUGAGGUGGAUGGUUAUGUCCCCCCAGUCGACAGAGCAGAUGCAAGUAACAUUCUUGCGCACGAGCUGUCCUUACUGUCACUUUCAAAGCCACCACAAGCGUCAUAUAGAUGGCAAGGAAGCAAGUUGGAGGCAGCGAUGGAGGGAGAAGCUGUACCGUCAGAGCAAUGCCUAGAGAUCAAAACUCGAGUCGCCCACAAGCCCCUGCAGAUGGAUAGUAUCAUGCCACAACUUUGGGUAUCGCAGACCACCAAGCUUGUGCGAGCUUAUCACACUAGCGGCACUUUCCAGCCUCCAGACGUUGAAGAUAUGACCGAAAGUAUGAAGAGUUGGGAGCAAGGUAACGAGGACACUUUGAAAAACCUAGCGGCGGUGAUUGCAAAGAUUCUUGAGGUUGCUAGACGCUGUGAUGGUCCUAUCCAGGUAAAAUACAGCUCAACAGGGCACCAACUUGUUUUGUCCAAAAUCGACUCAGGGAAGAUGCUGCCAGACGAUUUGUAUUCGAAAUGGAACCCGAGGACAGAGACGGAAGACUCGGCCCCAGUCAAGACUCUAGGCACGGCUUCUGAUAGCAAUGGUACCAUCACGGUCAUCAUGGAAGGGAAGUCUCAUUCCGUUGACCCAAACACCAUUCCCUACUUCAAAAGUCUGAUGGUUUCGCGGUCGCCAGGAUCAGAGAAAACUCCAUUUAUCCAUGCCGAUAUCCCCUUUUUCGAUGCGAUCAAUUACAGUGUUCAAAAUGGACUCCGGAAUCUCUUUAGGCGCAUGCCGCAUCAACUUCAGGACUACCAUACCCUUUGCGACACAAUCGAUAGCCUUGGCAUUGAUGUCUGUCAGGGGCUUAAUCUCAAAGAUACCAUCAAGCUGCUCAAGGCGGAACCUGACGACUACGACCCCGAGGAACGGCGGGUGAUCAAAAGCAGUAAGACAGGUGCCCGUGACGCUGCGUUCCGCUUCAUCUAUAUACUCCUCAAGGGCGGACCCUCGUCACAGUCUUCAUCGUCAUCAUCAUCGCUGUCUCUAUCGGCGCAGGACCGAGCAGUCGCCUGUAAUGCCGUCAGUUACGUUGUAUCACACCGACGAAUCUUUGGCUACAGGGCCCGCAAAAUCGUCAGAGAGGCCUUCGAAGCUGUCUGUUCUCUGACGUACAAGCAGCGCUUGGCGCUAGACAAAUGGGCGGUCACGGAGCCCACAUACAGUGGAUGGGAGCGCGAGGACGAGACAACCGAUGAUGACUUCGGUUGCCGUGCGGAUCUGGAUUGGGACUCAGAUUGGUCGUGUUAA